GAGAAAAUAUUCCCUUGGAGAAUUACCAAAAAACUACUACAGCACUUUCACAGCCACAGUCCACUUCUCACCAGGUGCGAUGGGCUCUCAAAUGGGAACACGCGCCAGGGGCGCAUCUCUCUCGCUCAAGACUGUAAACAAACUGAAGAGACAAUAUCUCAAUGUUCGCAACAAAAAGGACAAGGAUGCACGAAAGCGCGCAGAGAGGUUCAAGAGGAGGAAGGAGGAAAACGCGGACCCGACUCUGCGCCAGGAACGCCUUGCCAAGAACAAACCUGCCAGUCAGGACAAGAAGCGAGUAUGGGACGAGGGAGAUGACGACUCUCUUGGGGCCGUUGUCGACCUAGCUGCGCUCAAGCGCAGACGAAUUGAAGAAGAGGAAAAUGCAGCGCUGGGGGGCCCUGCAGGGCUUGAAGAGGAAAAAGUCCAUGAAGACGAUGACGCCGACAGCAUGCUGGACUCUGAAGAGGAGGAGGACGACGACGAUGAUGACGAAGCCCGGGAGGAGAGACAGCGAUCACAACGAGCACGCCGAGACCCAAGUCUGGUCCCCAGUCUUGCGCCGAGCCUUGCUGUGUCAACAACUAGCACGAAUCUUGAUCUUACGCCAACUUCUCUUGCACGCAAGUUCCCGACACUGUUCACAGAGGGCCCGCACCCAACGCCCAAGAUCCUUGUUACGACGUCCCUCCGAGCUACCAUCCACCGCGAGGCCCAGAUUAUCACCUCCCUAUUCCCCAACUCACAAUAUGUCCCGAGAAGCAGUCACAGAUAUGGCCACAAGUAUUCGCUUCGGGAAAUCUGCAAGUUUAGCACCAACCGAGACUUCACAGCAGUCAUCCUGAUCCGGGAAGAUCAGAAGAAACCUACCGGCAUGACAGUUGUUCACCUGCCAGAAGGCCCAACAUUCCACUUUACCAUAAACAACUGGAUUGAGGGAUCUAAACUGCCUGGCCAUGGUAACUCUCAGGGCUUUUACCCCGAACUUUUACUUAACCGCUUCACCACACCAUUGGGUCUACUUACAGCACAAAUUCUGCGGAGGCUGUUCCCCUACCAGCCAGAGAUUGCAGGCCGAGAAGUCGUUACGAUACAUAAUCAGCGUGAUUAUCUCUUCGUACGUCGCCAUAGAUAUGUAUAUCGGGAAAGACGCCAGACAGAAAAGACAGUGGUCGACGAGGAGGGCAAAGAAAUCCCAGGAUUUUCAGACGUUCGAGUUGGUCUGCAGGAAAUAGGGCCACGAUUUACUCUGAAGCUACGAAGAGUUGAUAAGGGAAUCGGUAGGGCAGGUAGUGAGGGCGACGAUGCCGUUCAAUGGGAAUGGAAGGCUGGCAUGGAGAAGGUGCGGACAAAGUUCAACCUUUGAUUAAUUACUAACCCAGCCAAGCUCCUACAAAAAGUAUGCGAAAAUACCAGUAAUACACGGUUCAAAUCCCAUUCCAGCCAUUAUAAAAACAAACGUCAUGAGUCCGCUCAGCAAUAAAUGAGGGGGAAAGAAAUUGGG